CUUAAUUCGGGCACGCUGUUGCAGCGUGAAUGGCGUCCUCUUCGGUUCUGCGAGAUCUGCCCUACGGCACAGAAUAUGCGAAAAGCAAUCGUGCUGCCUGCAGAGGGUGCGGCGGAAUCAUCGGUGAGCUGGUGUGGUGCACGCCCAGAAGAAGCCAGCGGUCCUGGGCGUCGAAUACGCAGCAUCGUCGCGAAGCAGUUGCGCCUCCUGCAAAAAGAAGAUCGACAAGGUGCGAAUGACGAAGGUGUUCUCAGACUUAGUUACAAAUCGUCGUGGUACCACGUAAAGUGUUUCUCGCCUGCUCAGAUGGGUUAUGAGGGUGGCACGGAAAACAUCGCUGGCUUUUCACAACUAAUAGAGGAAGACCAGAAUGAACUGGUACCUAUUUUUGAUCCAUAUGCUGAAGCGAAGAAGAAGCAGCAGCAGGAGGAAGUUGAGGCAGUUAAAACUAAAAGGGCAAAAAUGGAGGAGCCGGACACGGAAGAAAGAAGAGAGCGCCUCAAGGCAACUUUUUCAUCCACUGUUCAUUGUGGGUCAAUAUUGGCUUUUGUUGAUUUUUAUAAAUUUGUGUUUUCACUGCAGCUUCUGGAUCGUUUGGUCGAUUGUGUGGUUUUUGGCUGCCCUCUCCCAUGUGAAAUUUGCAAGAACGGUCACAUCGUUUACAGGCAAGUCUUUUUGUUCAGAGUGAGCAUGUGUUUUUUCUUCAGUUCAUCGGAACACAGAUAUGUUUGUCGUGGCUACAUUUCCGAAUAUACGCACUGCUCGUAUGCGUCUCAUAACCCUCCUCGUCAGCCGUUUGUUGUUCCGGAUGAAAUGAAAGAAAAGAAUACUACGCUUGGAGACUUCGAAAAGAAGGUCGUAAGAUUGUCCAUUUGA